AUGAGCUGUCUCACAACGCAGGGUAAGGCCGACGUGGUGGUACUCGGAGCUGGUAUUCAAGGUCUGGCUAUCGCCACAGAGCUCACUAAACGUGGUGUGAGAGUCGCCAUAGUGGCAAGAGAUCUUCCCGAGGACGUUCAUUCGACGGCUUUUGCCAGUCCUUGGGCGGGUGCCAAUUGGUCUCCUUUUGAACCAUCGGCCGCUACGGCUCAAAGAGAUAUCACCACUUUCAAUGCGUUUGCUCAAUUAUCGAAAGAGAUACCGGAUCUCAUAACUCGGACAGAGUAUCUGUAUUACAGUAUCGAGGAUGCUCCUGUCGACUUGUGGUACAAGGACAUCGUCUUUGAUUACCGACCUCUGAAGCUCUCAGACCUUCCUCCUGGUAUGAAAUCCGGCGUCACAUUCACCUCUUAUACACUCAAUCCACCUGAAUACAUCGGUCAUCUCGCCAAGAACCUUCGAGCUGUUGGAGUACCUAUCAUCCGUGUCCGUGUCUCAUCUCUAGAUGAAGCCUACUGCCUCCCCUCCCUGGGUCCCGUCAAGCUAGUCGUAAACGCCACCGGUCUCGGGAGCCGGACACUACUCGGAGUAGAAGAUUCACUUGUCUAUCCUGUCAGAGGACAAACAGUGCUCGUCAGAGCCCCAGAUGUCAGAGCCUGCAUCAGCAUCAAAAGAGGUUUACCGAAGGGACAAGCGGCAUAUAUUAUCCCUCGACCUGGACCUGAUGGUCAUCUGAUUCUCGGCGGAACAUAUUUGGAGAACGAAUAUUCCACCUUGCCGGAUCCAGCGACGGGUGAACGCAUUCUCAAAACAGCUUAUGAGAUAUGCACAGCUUUGGGAGACGGUAAUGGUUGGCAGAAUAUCGACAUUGUAUCGCACAAUGUUGGUCUUCGACCGGCGAGGUAUGGAGGUAUCAGGUUGGAGCUCGAGGAAAGAAAGAUCGGUCAGGGUAUGGAAGGACGGUUGGGAAUGUUACCGGCUCAUGUCAAAGAGGUCAUCGGACAAGAUGUCGGAGUGGUCCAUGCAUAUGGAAUCGGACCGGCUGGAUAUCAGACGAGCAUAGGAGUAGGGCUUGAGGCGGCCGAUUUGGUGGAUAAGUAUUUAGGGAGGGUCUAG